GACUGGGACAGAUCAGCAUACACUUUACAAAGAAAACCAAAAUUCUAUGCAAACCUUCAGGAGCUUUAAAUAGUGGAGUUUUUUUGAAAAGUGGAGAUGAAUGUCUUCGUAAUCCUCACCCUCUACCUGAUCUCAGGUCCAGUAGGUUGCAUUGAUGUGAUUGGCUACUCAGGAGGUAGUGUUGUGAUAUACUGCGGACACCAAAUGCAUCGAUUAAAUAGAAAAUUUUGUAAGGACUCAGAACAGCAGUGUGUGUAUUUGGAAUCUGAUCAAAACCGAAACACAUGGGAUCAUGGAUACAGAGUUUAUCUGCAUGAAUCUGCUGAAAGUCUUGUGGUAACCUUUCGAGAGCUGAGUGUACAGGAUGCUGGACAAUAUCACUGUGGACCAACAGGAGAGCAGCGUGAGAUUGUGAACCUGAAAGUUAAAACAGAUCCUUGUUGUACUGGGAAAAAGACUUUAACUGGCCAUCCGGGGAAGACGGUCACCAUCAGCUGCUCCUAUCCGGAAGAGUUUACAAAGGAUUCAGAGGAAUCUGAGGAAAGCACAAAGUUCUUUGAGAAACUGGAUGGCCAAAAUUUCACUGAAGUGAUCCGAACCACAGAGACUCGGAAAGGAAGAUUCUCCAUCUCUGAUGACAGAAGAUCUAAAGUUCUCAGAUUGAGUAUCAGUGAUAUGAGAGAAGACGAUGGAGGAGUUUAUUUGUGUGGAGUGGAGAGAGGAGAUUACGAAGCAUUCUUCACUGAGAUUCAGCUACAGGUUACCGCCCCAAAUUCCUCAGUCUUCACCAUAUUGUUUUCCUGUGUGGCUCUGCUGCUGAUUGGAGGAUCAGCACUGAUCAUAUAUACUGUGAUGCGUAAGAAAAGACGAGGCUCCACUCCCUCUUUCUCCAAGAUGGAGCUCAAAGACAGUAAAGAGGUGACCCCGGUGGAGAUUGAACACACCAGAUGUGUUUCCACUUCAGACACUGGAGUUGAUGCAAAUAAUUCUAAUAAAGAUAUCUGCUCCACCAUCCAACCACCCAAAGAUGAAGGUCUCACUUAUGCCACUGUGAUUUUCCCAGACUUUCCCAAUAAUACACCAGUCACCAACAGUAGGGAGGACCUUGCUACUGAGUACGCCUCUGUUAAACACCACACAGGACUGGAAUAACUGGAAUAACAUUCACCAUCGGAUUUUUAACUAUACAAACAUUAUUGAGCAGCAUACCAGAUUUCUCUGGGAUGAAAUCAAACAUCUUAAAUACCUUUAGCUUUAGCUUCUGUCAGUGUCUGAAUAGAUUAGGUAAUUGAGCUGUACGUGAUCUCAUUAUUGCUGUUAAUCUAAUUUUGUUACUUUCAAGAACCAUAUGCUUGAAUUUCCUUGUUACUUUUUAAAAUUAUUUUCAAAAAUAAACUCUCGCUAA